GCCCCGGGUUCAAAUCCUGCGGGCUGAUGCUGUGUGCGCGGCCGCUCCCGGGCCCCGGCUGCGCUCGCUCUGCUCCGCCCGGCAGCGGGGCCGGCCCGUGGCGAGGCGGCGCCGGGACUCUGCCCAGCCCGGAGCGGGAGCGGAGCUCGGCCGGGCCGGGCCCGCUGGAGAAGCCCCGCCCGCCCGGGGGGGCCAUGGCCGAGCGGGCCGCUGCCCAGGUUCCAGAAUGGGACACAGAGUCAUGGUGGCCAAUGCCUUUGCAGCCACCUGCUGUCCCUGAAGAAACUUCCCUGAGAGAAACCCAGCUGCAAAGAGCAGAGAUUUCUUUGACUGUGGUGGCUGAAGUUCAAGCUGUAGAGAGGAAGAUGGAUUCUCAGGCUGCACAGUUGCUGAAUCUGGACGGGAGAAUGGGGACGGCUGAAAAGAAACUGGUUGGCUGUGAGAAAACAAUGGUGGAGUUUGGGAACCAGCUGGAGAGUAAAUGGGCCGUGCUGGGAACUCUGAUCCAGGAGUACGGGCUGCUGCAGAGGAGGUUGGAGAACAUGGAGAACCUGCUGAAGAACAGGAACUUCUGGAUCUUGAGACUCCCCUCAGGCACUAAGGGAGAAGUCCCCAAGGGAUGGGAGAGUGCAGCCAAAUGGCAGAAGGAGCUUUGUGAGAACGUGAUGAAGGGGAACUUUGAGACUCUGAUCUCCAUGGACUCUGCGAUUUCCAAACCCAGCAUCCUGUCCCGGAUUGAAGGAGAAGAGGAGCCAUGUACUGGGGAUGAGCCGGAGGAGACAGAAAUCCCCAUGGAGCCCAGCAUGGAUUCUCCAGUUCCUACACAUGAGAUUUCAUCCUGGAUUAAACAGGAGGAGGAGUUGUGUAUCAAGGAUCAGCAGGACUCAGAGGAGAGAGAGAUCCCUGCAGAUCUUAGAAUGGCAGAUGUUGAGCUCAUGAUCAAAACAGAGGAGCAACAUCCUGAAGAAGGCCCUAGCAACCUAGAGCUAGCUGGGCAGUUGCCAGGCCGAGCAGAGGAGAGAGCUUUCCAAGGUGCUGAACAGGAAGCAGCUGCUGGGAGUUCUGGCACUUCAAUCAGCUCUCCAGGUAACAACCUGGGGGAACUUACUCAGCAUGAAAGAGAACUCAGAACUGUUGCUGCCCAUCCCAGGGGCGAUGCAGGAAUAGCUCCCUAUGCAUGUGCUCACUGUGGGAGGAACUUCACUCGAAAGGACAUUCUCCUGUCGCACGAGAGACUCCACACGGGUGAGAGGCCCUACAUGUGUGCUGACUGUGGGAAGAGCUUUAGGCUCAAGAUCAGCUUUGUGAAGCACCAGAGAUGCCACACCAAGGAGCGGCCCUAUCCAUGUAACGAAUGCCAGAAGAGCUUCAAGUGCCACUCAGCGCUCGUGCGGCACCAGAUGAUCCACAGGGGAGAGCGGCCGUAUAAAUGCGACCAGUGCAACAAAAGCUACAGCCGCAAGGAGCACCUCCAGAACCACCAGCGGCUGCACACCGGGGAGCGGCCCUUCCACUGCGCAACCUGCGGGAAGAGCUUCAGUCAAAAGUUCGUGCUCGUCUCACAUCAGCGGAUCCACACGGGGGAGUGGCCCUAUAAAUGCACGGAGUGCGGGAAAGGCUUCAGCGAGAAAUCCAAGCUGACCAGCCACUACAGGAUCCACACCGGUGAAAAGCCCUACAGCUGCACCCAGUGUGGGAAGAGCUUCCGCCUUAAGGUGAGCUUCUUAAGGCACCAGACGAGCCAUGGCAGUGAGAAGCCCUACCCAUGCACUCAGUGCGGCAAGAACUAUAGCUACCACUCAGGCCUCCUCCGGCACCAGCUGAUCCACGCGGGGCAACGGCCGCAUCAGUGCAACAAGUGCGGCAAAAGCUAUGCCGAGAAAUACCGCCUGCGGAAUCACCAGCGUGUCCACCUGGACGAAGGACCGCAGCGGUGCGUCCCAUGCGGGAAGAGCGCCUCGGAGAAGCAGGACCUCCUGAGCCACCAGCAGAGCCAUGCUGAUGGAUGCCAUCAGCGUGCCAUGUGCGAACAAAGCGUCUGGCUCAUGGAGAGCGGCUUAAAGCACCAAGGAAACCACAGCAAAGAGAAGCCCUACGAAUGCAGUGACUGCGGGAAGAGCUUCAAGUGCCAGUCGGAACUCACCCGCCACCGGAGGGUCCACACGGGGGAGAGGCCUUACGAAUGCACCAAGUGCAACAAAAGCUACAGCCAGAAGUACCAUCUCCUCCAGCACCUGCGCAUUCACACGGGGGAGCGACCCCACCAGUGCAGUGACUGUGGGAAGAGCUUCAUCCGGAAGGAACAUCUCCUGAAACACCAGCGGAUCCACACUGGAGGGAGGCCUCACCAGUGCAGCGAAUGCGGGAGAAGCUUCCAAUAUAAGCAGUUGCUGAAAGACCAUCAGAGGGCGCAUAGAGCGGAGCCAGAUCACCUAGAGGUUUCUCCCAGGACUGAAGCCUGGGUUCCCGUGGAGCGGCGGCCGAAGCGCUUGUCACACAGUUCGCAGGGGAAAGGCUUCUCGCCGGUGUGGAUGCGGAGAUGCUCGGUGAGGUGUGAUUGCUUGCGGAAGCUGCGGGCGCAGCAGCUGCAGGGGGUGGAGCGCCGGGUGAAGCGCUUGGGGCACAAAUGGCAAGGGAAGGGCUUCUCGCCGGUGUGCGUGCGCAGGUGGUCGCUGAGAUGGGAGCGCCGGCGGAACCACCGGCCGCACAAGCCGCAGGGGAAGGGCUUCUCGCUGCUGGGCGCCCGCUGGCACCUGGCCAGGGCCUGCUGCCCGGCCCGGCGCGGCUUUGGCAGGUCGUUCUGCCAGGCUGGCUCCCUGGGGCGCUCGGCGUGCCUCCGGGGCCGCUCCUUGGCAUGGAUCUCCUGGUGCUUGUUGAGGGUGGAGCGCCGGCUGAAGCGCUGGGGGCAGAGGCUGCACCGGAAGGGCUUCUCGCCCGUGUGUGUGCGCAGGUGCUCGUUGAGGUGCGAGCGCCGCCGGAAGCCCUUGCUACAGCGGUUGCAGCGGUACGGCCGCUCGCUGCUGUGCACUCGGCAGUGCCUCACCAGUCUUGCAGAUGACAACACUCUGCUCUUCGCUGCCGCUGGACGGAUCUGCUCCCACACGAGUCCUCUGGCAGCCGGCGGCGCCCAGCCAUGGGCUGUAGCUUUCAUCAUAUUUGGUGCAUGGAGGCGCCUCUGCCUCUUCUCUGGGGGCGCUCUGGUACUGCUGAGCACUGAAACCCAUUCCAUAGCCACCAUCUCCUUCAAUCUCUUCCUUCGCACGGCAGCGAGCCUCCUGCGGGGCGGGGCUGUCGGCCUGGUGCUGCCAUCGCAAACUGCCAUCACAACGGGAAGGAGGAAUUUCCACCUCCCCGAAGGGCUCUAUCUUGCACUUAGUGAGGACAUUGGGAGCUUUACCAGCGACAUCGCCAAGAGCACUCCACCCCGGGGAGUUCUGGGAGUAAGAUCACUUCCUGGCUUGCUCCACUUCCCUUCUCAGGCUGCAGCCGCAGGGCUGGACCAGAAGCAACGCGUGAGACGCAGAGCUACCGCAGCGAGCGCUCGCCAGGGCCCCGGGCUGCAGGGGGGAUUUUUCCGGCUGUUGCAGCGCAAGGAUCCGCUCGACAUGCAGGGAGGAGAAGCUGAAGGGAACAUGCCAGCCGGGGCCACUCUGCAGGUCCCGGUGACAUUUGAGGACAUUGCCAUCUAUUUCUCCCGGGAGGAGUGGGAGAUGCUAGCAGAGUGGCAGAAGGAGCUGUACCGGGAUGUGAUGAAGGAACAUUAUGACAAUCUGAAUUCCCUGGGCCAUGCAGACACCAAGCCUGACGUUUUAUCCCGGAUCGAACAAGGGGAAGAGCCGUGGGUCGUGGAUCAGCGGGAGGAAAGAGAGAGGCUGGAAUGCACCUCACUGGAGGAUGCAGGCCUGAGCAGAACUGAGGAGCAGCAGCAAGAGGAAGGGCCUGAGAACUUGGAGCCACAAAGGACUUUACCGAGUGGGUCAGAAGAGAGAGUUUUCCAGAGUCCGGAGCAGGAAGAAACUUGCCAAAUGCAGCGCAGGUCGCUGAGGCUGCAGGGGAUCUCGGCGAGGAGUGAGCCAGAUACCCCAAGGGACUGUGAAAGGGGUGGCCAGGAACCUCCGAGGCUCCCUGCGCAGGAGAGACCGAAGAUGAGCCAGAGCCCACCUACGUGUCACAUAUGUGAAGUGAGCUUCAAAGGAGAGAAAGACCUUAGCAGACACAAGCGCAGCGUCCAUGAGAUAAAGGAUCCACGCAAGUGCCAAGUGUGUGGGAGGUGCUUCCGGCUACAGCAGGACCUCAAGAGGCACCAGAGGAUCCACACAGGGGAAAAGCCCUACCUCUGCCUUUACUGUGGGAAGAGGUUCAGCCAGACUGCCAAUCUCUGCACCCACAAGAAGAUGCACAGAGGGGAGCGACCGUACCCCUGCACCACCUGUGGCAAGAGCUUCCGGCAGAAGCAGCAGCUGGUGUCACACAGCCGGAUCCACACAGGAGAGCGGCCCUUCCCCUGCACGCAGUGCUCCAAGAGCUUCCGCUUGAAGCAGGUGCUCAGGGUCCACCAGAAAACCCAUGUGGGAGAGGGAGGCUCUGAGGGGAGCCAGGCCAAGGGGCGGGUCUUCACCUGCCGCAAGUGCAAGGACGUCUUCGCUCACAGGCACGACCUCCAAGAGCACCGGCGAGAGCACACCACCAGUGAGCGGCCCUACCAGUGUGCCGACUGCGGGAGGUACUUCAGACAGCGGCAGCAGCUGAUUCCGCACCGCCGGAUCCACACCGGGGAGCGACCCUACAGCUGCCCUCUCUGUGGGAAGAGCUUCCGGCGCAGGCAGGAGCUGACCACACACCAGAGAAUCCACAGGGAUGAGAGGCCCUUCCGCUGCCCCGAGUGCCCAUUCAGCUUCAGGGAGAAGCAGAAGCUGAGGAGACACCAGAGAAUCCACACGGGCGAGAGGCCCUAUGCCUGCCCAGAGUGUGAGAAAUGCUUCCGGCAGAAGCAGCAGAUGAUGUCCCACCUCCGGAUCCAUACGGACGAGCGGCCCUACACCUGCUCAGAGUGCGGGAAACGCUUCCGGCGGAAAGACUCCCUCGCCAAACACCAGAGAAUCCACCAAAGGGCCCAGACAUAGGGCCAUCUACUCUACCACUUAGGUCAAUGUAACGUACAUCGCCCAGGGACAUGAAAAGUCCCCCCUCCCCCCCCCCGAGCGACGCAAGUUACAUCAAUUUAAAGCACUGUCAACACCCUGCUAUGUCGGCGGGAGACACUUUCCCGCCAACAUAGUCCCUCCUCUCAUAGAGGUGGAGUAAUUAUGCUGACAGGCAAGUGCCCUCCCAUCACACAGUGCAUCUUCACCAUACGCACAACAGCAGCGCUGCUGCAUCUGUGCGUGGUAGUGUAGACUAGACCAUAGUGUGACAAAGUUCCUCCUCUACCUUGGUGGGUUCUGCACUUAUUGGCAGAUUUGCUCACUUCAGUGAUCUUCCCCACAGUCUGGGUCACCUUCUCCUGUGUCUGAUCAGGAGUUGGGAAGUUUGGGGGGAACCCAGGCCCACCCUCUAGUCCAGGUUCCAGCCCAGGGCCCUGUGGAUCGCCGCUGUCUAUAGUACCUCCUGUAACAGCUGCAUGACAGCUACACCUCCCUGGGCUACUUCCCCAUGGCCUCCUCCAAACACCUUCUUUAUCCUCACCACAGGAUCUUCCUCCUGGUGUCUGAUAACGCUUGUACUCCUUAGUCCUCCAGCAGUACACCCUCUCACUCUCAGCUCCUUGUGCCUCUUGCUCCCAGCUCCUCACACACACUUCCUCUCCUCUGGCUUCCCUGUCCCUGACUGGAGUGAGCUCCUUUUUAAACCCAGAUGCCCUGAUUAGCCUGCCUUGAUUGGCUGCAGGUGUUCUAAUCAGCUUGUCUGCCUGAAUUGAUUCUAGCAGGUUCCUGGUUACUCUAGUACAGCCCCUGCUCUGGUCACUCAGGAAAUAGAAAACUACUCAGCCAGUGACCAGUAUAUUUGCCCUCUACCAGACUCCUGUACCCCAGUGGCCUGGGUCUGUCACAAUAGACAAUGCAGUUGUCCUGCCCCAAACUCCCUCCUCGCUUCCCUCACGGAGGGGAAACCGCUUCCACAGGGACUCAGAGAAACCACCCCUGCAGCCAACACCCCUUCACAGCUCCUGGCAGAGAAUGGAGGGGAAGAAACGCUACAGACACACACUGCACCCCGGAGAAGGUGAAGGAGCUGCACCUCCAUUCCCUCAAAGGGUCCAGGCGGCCACAGUCUCACAGCUCUUAUUGUUUCUUUGAUGUAUUUGAAUCAUUAUAGAGGGAUCUUGUCCUUCCUGUGAACCCCCGAUGAAUGUGUUAAAUAGCACUGGGCCUAGUGCCAAUCCUUAGAUAGCCCCGCUAGAAACACUCCCCUUCAGUGAUGAUGAUUCACCAUUGACAACUACUUUGUGAGCUCUGUCAGCUUGCUAGUUCUUAAUCCUUUUAACUGGUGUUUUAGUGCUAUUGUACAGUGCUAAUUUUGUAAUCAGAACGUCAUGUGGCACUAAGUCAACCCCCUCACAAAAGUCUAUUAUAUUUAGAAUUAUCUUUGUCAACCAAACAUGUAAUCACAUCAAAAAAUGAUAUUGUGUCUUUUAACAAGACCUAUUUUCCAUAAAUCCAUCUUGACUGGAAUUAAUUAUAUUGCUAUCAUUUAAUUCUUUAUCAACUGAAUCCUGUAUCAGCUUUUCCAUUAUUUUAUCCAAGAUUGACAUUAGGCUACCUCGCCUGUAGUGCCCCAGGUCAUCCCACUUGCGUUUUUUGAAUAUUGGCACAACGUCACCACCAGACUUCUGGAAUUUUGCUGAUAUUUCAAGAUUUAUUAAAAAUUAACAUCAGCGGACCAGACUUAGGUCUCUUGGGUGCAAGUUAUUUAGGCCCGCUGAUUUUAAAAUGUUUAUCCCUAGGAGAUAUUGUUUAACAUCCUCUUUGGUUACUAAUGGAUUGGAAAGUACUCCAUCAUCCUCAUAUCAUAUGAGUACAUCAUCCUGCUUCUUUCCAAAUACAAAACAGAAAUAUUUAUUGAACACUUCUGCCUUUUCUGCAUUAUUAUUAGCCAUUUUACCAUCUCUAUCUAGUAAUGGCCUAUACUAUUGUUGGAUUUCUUUUGUUCUUAAUACACUUUAAAAACUCCUUCUUAUUGUCCUGAUUCAUGUCAGCUAUGGAUGUUUCCAGCUUCCCUUAUCAAUUUUCUACACUUCAUAACUUCUAAUUUGCAUUGAUUGCUAUCCAGUCCCCUUUUUUCCCCAUUUGUUAUAGUGUAUAUUAUUUUUUAUUUCUAAUUGAUGCCUUCAAUUCACCCUGAACCAGGAUGGCCUUUUAGCCAAAGUCAUCUUCUUUUUGAUUGUAGAAUUGUGGCUUUUUGGCCACCUAAUAAACUCUUCUUAAAGAACUCUCAAUUUUUCUUCAAAUUUCUCAUCACAACCAAUUUCCUUUGUCUAGGGAAAAUUUGCCCUUUUGAAGUACCAAGGGUAUAUAUUACUAGUUUGUACUGUCCUCUGUUUGCCCAUGUUGAAUGUAAUGUUCAUGACCAUGUGAUCUUAUUGUUCCCCUCAUCCCCGCUUCUCCAUCUUCCCUCCUAUCGUUUUUUUAUACUUAUGUUUUCUUUCUAAUUAGAUUGUAAGCUCUUUGGGGCAUGGACUCUCUGUCUGUGUUUGCAUAGCCCCAUGCAUAGUGUAGCUCUGCUCCGGCCUCCAGCCUCUGGGUACUACCACCUUACAAAUAAUAAUUAUGAAAAGAUGUCAAGUAUCAGAGGGGUAGCCGUGUUAGUCUGGAUCUGUAAAAGCAGCGAAGAGUCCUGUAGCACCUUAUAGACUAACCGACGUAUUGGAGCAUGAGCUUUCAUGGGUGAAUACCCACUUUGUCUGAUGCAUGCUCCAAUACGUUGGUUAGUCUAUAAGGUGCCACAGAACUCUUCGCUGCUUUUAUGAAAAGAUGAUUUCUCUGAUGUAAUCUGGAGGUCGGUGCUCAUCUGACAGAAAGCGUCUCAGUCUGGUAGAGCUGUGCAAAACUGGUGAAAAACGUCUCUGUGAAAUCUUGCAGAAACAUUUUUGGGUGAUUUUGGGCCCCUCAUAUUUCACUUUUCUGCUCAUCCAGACCGUGCCUAAAUAUUGCUUUUUCUUUCAUCAUAUUCAAUAAAUGUUUAAAAACUUUUCUGUUCUAUCCCAUCAUCCGAAACUCUCGUCUGUGCGCCACUAGUCUCCAGUCCUGAUUACCACAGUCUUCUCUCUUUCAGCUUCCACAACACCUUAUUGUGUCCUUUCCAAUUCAUCCAAAGUGCAGCUGCUGAGGGCCAGGAAGCUAUGGAGGAAAGCACUGCCUUCGCUUCUGGAAACAAUCACAAAAUUGCCAGAGGACGUGUUAAAUAUAAAAUACAGGCCUCACCAGGAGCUUUUCAUAGUGGACAUGCUUUUGGGAGUGCCUAUAAAUUAUGAAAGCCUGGAGCUGCAGGAGUAUGAAGUAAAUAUGUCUCAGCUGCUUCCUACUUCUGGAAAAUAAAACUGUCACCAGAAUAAGACAAAUGAUGACAGCAGCUCGAGAGAGUGAUUCUAGAUGGAUGGCCAGCUAGUGAAAGGCCAGGAACUUCCAAGCAUUUAAUGUUGGGAUUAAAGGAAUGAAGUUGUGUGUGACUGGAUUCUGUACAGAGGACGCCAUGCUAUGCAUGCUCAAUACCAUCCAUCUGGGCAGUGAGUAGUGUAAGAGUAGUGCCUGAUAUAACUUGUCUGUUCUGACCCCCAUCUAGACUGUAAGUUUACUAGCUGGCUGUAUUAGCUGGCGGUGGUUGUUUUGGGACAGUAUUAUGUUUUAUUUGUAUUUGAGUUUCAAAAGGAAAAAAUAGGAAGAUUAACAGCACCACUGAAAGCAGCAGAUACUGGCACUUGUCAUGGGGCAGGGGAUUCUGUUUUGUACUAGGUUGGGACUAGGAAAUAAAAAUCAGUGUCUUGCCAGCA